AAUUACGCAACAAUAUUUAUAUAAUACAUAUUAAUCAUUACAAUUAAUUAUUUCAGGCAAUGAGAUAGAAAUCAGGUAUUGCAGAAUUUUUUGAAAUAUACUGAUCAAAAUACUGAGAUGAUCAAGAACGGUUACACAUGCGAAAAUGGAUAAAGAUCAGAGGAAAGAAGUGAAAAAUCCGCGUCAAAACGCCAAUGUACUGUCCAUUCUUACAUUUUGGUGGACCCUCAAGCUGUUGAUCGUCGGCUACAAGAAAGAAUUGGAAGAGGAAGACUUGUAUUCGCCGUUACGAGAAGACAGGAGCAGCUAUCUGGGCCAGCAAAUCGUGGCGAAUUGGGAGAACGAGGUGAAACGAUGCGAGAAGAAGAAAGGCAAAUUGAAGCCAAGCUUGUUUAGGGUAUUCUACAAAUGCUUCGGUAAAACAGUCAUGCUCACUGGACUAGGCUUAUUCGUUCUAGAAUUCGUUAUACGUAUCGCGAAUCCGUUCUUCCUCGCAGGAUUGCUACGUUAUUUCUCAGGAAACAGGCAAGACAGGGGUUAUAAUAUAUACUAUUACGCCACGGGAUUCUGUCUUUUGCCAUUCGUCGACGCUCUGAUUAUCCAUUGGGCCUUACAGACGCUCACGCACGUGGGGAUGAAAGUUCGAGUGGCUUCUUGCGCUUUGAUUUACAGAAAGAUGCUUAAACUGUGCAAUUCCGUCUUUGAAAAUGAAACAUCUGCUGGACAGAUGGUGAACUUUUUAAGCAACGACGUUAAUAGGCUCGAUUACUUUGUCUUUAGUAUUCAUUAUUUAUGGAUUGGUCCGCUUCAAAUUGUUGUAAUAGCGUAUCUCACAUAUCGCGAGAUUGGAUUCGGUGCAAUCAUAGGAAUGACAACGUUCCUAUUGUGUAUUCCAUUACAGAUGUAUUUUGGGAAGAAGGUGUCACGUUUGACACUCGGAUCGGCUCAAAAGACUGACGACAGGCUGAGAUUGAUGAAUCAGAUCAUUGCCGGUGUAGAGAUCAUUAAAAUGUACGUUUGGGAAGUGCCGUACUCGUUGCUUGUCGAAAAGGCUAGACGGAAAGAAGUGAACGUGAUAAAAAAGUAUUCGAUCAUUGAACAAUUUGGCUUGACGUUCGACAUCUACGUUCCGCGAGUCAGUUUAUUUAUCGCCAUAUUAACAUACGUUUUAACUGGAAACAAUAUCAAUGCUGAGAAGGUGUUUAUGAUGUCAGCAUUCUGCACUAUUUUAGGAAGUUCUAUGACCAUUGGUUUCGCUUUAAGUGUUCAUCAACUGGCAGAAGCGUUGGUGUCUGUCAAACGACUGGAGAUAUUCAUGAUGUACCCUGAAGUCUCCACGUCACAGAAGAUUCCGACCGAAGAGGCCACGCAAUCUGUUCCUAUUUAUUUGAAAGACGUCACUGCCAAGUGGGACGAGUCCAGAGACAGCGACACGUUGCAAAACAUCAACUUGAAAGUAGAAGCCGGCAGUUUUAUAGCGGUGAUCGGUCAGAUAGGCUCUGGAAAGAGCAGCCUGUUGCAAAUGAUACUUCGCGAACUGUCCUUGAAAGAGGGGAUUCUAGAGACCAGCGGGCGAAUAAGCUUCGCCGACCAACGACCGUGGAUAUUCGCUUCCUCCAUCAGGCAGAACAUUCUCUUCGGCCAUCCGAUGAACGAAGCUCGUUACAACGAGGUGAUUCGCGUCUGUCAAUUGACGCGCGACAUCGACUUGUUUACGCAUAAAGACAGAACCAUGGUCGGGGAGAGGGGGAUCAAUUUAAGCGGCGGUCAACGAGCACGGAUCAACUUGGCGCGAGCGUUGUACACCGACGCCGACAUUUACCUCUUGGACGAUCCUUUGUCAGCGGUCGACACGCACGUCGGCAGUCGUAUCGUCGACCAAUGCAUAUGCGGCUUCCUCAAGGAGAAGACCAGGAUCCUGGUCACCCACCAGAUACAGUACCUGAAGGCUGCUGAUCAGAUAAUCGUCAUGAACAACGGUAGCAUCCAAGCGAGAGGCAGCUUCGAAGAGUUGCAAAGCAUGAACCUAGACUUCAUGAAGAUCUUCCAAGAGAUCGAGGAUAAGAAAGAGUCUAACGAGGCUAAAGUGAACAAGGAGAAGAGGCGAACGAUGGACGAGACGAAGAAAGAAGAGGACCCGGUCAAGGAAGAGGAGCCUGUCGACGUGGCGGAAACCAGAUCGAGGGGGAGAAUGUCCAGUAAGGUUUUCCUUGCCUAUUGCAAAGCGAGUAAAAACGUGUUCCUGCUUUUCCUGACGGCGUUGCUGUUUGUACUGAGUCAAUCGAUGGCCAACGGCAGCGACUUCCUCCUCACAUUCUGGGUGAACACAGAAAUGGCGUCGUGGGUGGCGAGUGAAAAUGGCACGAUGGAUUUCCAAUGGAAAGGAUCGCUGUCUCGCCAGAGUAUCAUUUAUUUUUAUAGCGGCAUAACGGUGUCUAUCGUCAGUAUCUAUAUUAUACAAACGUUCGUGUACUACACGGUCUGCAUGCGGGCCUCGAAGAAUCUCCACACGCAGAUGUUCCGUAGUAUCGUACGAGCUGUGAUGUACUUUUACAACACGAAUCCUGCUGGUCGGAUACUGAACAGGUUUUCCAAAGACAUCGGUAUCAUCGACAAGAAACUGCCUUUUACCAUGUUCGAUGUUAUCGUAAUGUUCUUAAGCUUCACGGGAACGAUAGUGAUUCUUACCACGGUGAAUGCGUGGCUGUUGAUACCAACAAGCUUCGUCAUCGUCCUUUUCUACUACAUUAGAGUCGUGUACAUAACAACUAGUCGCGCUGUCAAACGAAUGGAGGGUACAACCCGUUCACCGGUGUUCGACCACGUGGGCGCAACGCUGCAAGGUCUAGCGACAAUCAGAGCGUUCAAAGCCGAGAAGAUAGUAACGGAGGACUUCGACAACCGUCAGGAUCUUCACACAUCAACGUGGUUCAUAUUCGUUUCUCUUUCACGAGCUUUCGGCCUCUACAUCGAGAUAUUCUGCUUGGUCUACGUGGCGGUGAUUGUGAUCAUGUUUUUGGUGUUCGACGAUCUCGCCAUCGCCGGAGACAUUGGCCUGGUGAUCACGCAGGUGACCGGGGUCAUUGGAAUUUUGCAAUGGGGCAUGAGGCAGACCGGUGAACUGGAGAAUCAAAUGACGUCUAUCGAAAGGGUGCUGGAGUACAGUAACUUGGAGGAAGAACCGUUUCUGGACAGUAUACCGGAGAAGAAACCGCCGGAAGAAUGGCCCACGAAAGGUCUCGUCGAGUUCAAAAACGUUCGAUUGAAGUACGGGCCUAAGAGUGCUUACGCUUUGAACGGCAUCACUUUCGCGAUAAUGCCCAAGGAGAAAGUGGGAGUUGUCGGGAGGACCGGUGCUGGCAAAACGUCUCUAAUUAGCGCCCUCUUCCGGCUGGCAUACAUAGAAGGGGAAAUUAUCAUCGAUGGUAUAGCCACUGACAAAAUUGCGUUGCACGACUUCCGUUCGAAGAUCAGUAUUAUACCUCAGGAACCAGUUUUGUUCGGUGGCAGCCUCCGACGCAACCUGGAUCCUUUCGAGGAAUAUUCCGACAGUGUUUUAUGGACAGCGUUGCAGGAAUUAGAGUUGAAAGAAACGAUCGCAGAAAUGGCGGCCGGCUUGAACAGCAAAGUGUCGGAGGAAGGGUCGAAUUUUAGCGUCGGCCAACGUCAAUUGUUGUGCCUUGUUCGAGCGCUCGUCAGAAAUAACAAGAUCAUGGUGCUCGACGAGGCCACUGCUAACGUUGAUCCGCAAACCGAUUCGCUGAUUCAACAGACCGUCAGGAAGAAAUUUAUGGAUUGCACUGUAAUCACCAUAGCGCAUAGGUUAAAUACCAUAAUGGACAGUGAUAAGAUACUUGUGAUGGACCAGGGUUGCCUAGUAGAAUACGAUCAUCCGUACGUGUUAUUGCAAAAGAAAGGACAUUUUUACAGUAUGGUGCAACAAACGGGGGCUGCGAUGGCGAAUACUCUGUCAGAAGUGGCAAAGGACUGCUUCUAUAAGAACAACGAAGCGUCGUCUUGAUAAUGGCCGAAAUUUAGAAACGUCCUAGUUGUACGCUGUUCCAAAGAAAGUCUUUUUCUACGUCUAAUUUAUAUUUUACUAUUCCAAACUGAACUUCUAACUUUCUCUGCCAAGUGCGCUGGUGUGUUCGACGAUACAAAUUCUGAAAGUACGGUGCUUACAGAGAUUAUUACGUACCUAUUAUUUAGUCUAUGAAGUAAUGACGAUCUUUUGUAUCGAAAGUAUAAUUUCAAUAAAAUUUCACAAGAAUA